GAUGAUGAUGCGCCAUAAUCGGAUGAACUACUGGGUCUUCAACAAUACCGAAAACCCACGUGACCAAAUCGUCAUGACAGCGAUUGGUGAAAAUAAAAGUAAAAAUCCCUAGAUGUGAGCCAGCGCCGUAGAUAUUUUAUUACAAAAUAGAUCUUCUUUUUUUUAUGGUCUGCAACUGCGAGAACAAAAUUCAGUUAGGUGCUUCCCUUGAAUGCUAUACUUGUAAUACAACCUUCGUGACUGAAAGGAGCGAUGACGCAUGUAAAGGACUUGAAACACUUACUAAAUGCACGGAUCCUGCUGUUUGUUUGUCAGCUGUCUUACUAUAUGAAGAUGGUGGUGCAAAAAGUUACAAGGCAAUCAAAAGUUGUAAUAUAAAUCAAGCUGGUCAAGAAUGCGAAUAUUUUUUGAAAAACAUGCAAACAACAAGUCCUACGUCAAAAAUAUCACUAUAUAAUAACAAAUGUUCUACUUGUGAAAAAGAAAAAUGCAAUCAAUAUAAUAAAGCGACGGCAGCACUCAUUCCGACAUUCGUAGUUUUUAUUAUAUCGUUUGUUUUGUGUAAAUUAAUCUAAACCAAUUUAGAUCAAUAAAAUUAAUGUUUAUUUAACAAAUGAAUUUUAUUGUUGCGUGCUUAAAAGAAAGUUAUAUUAAUCCAUGUAAUAAUGUAAUUAU